CCGCUUCACAGAGCGCUUCCGGUGGCGCGCUUCCUCAGUAACGGAUUUGGGGUUGCUGCACGGCGAGCCCGGCGUGGAGGCUCCUGAGCGGCCCUGCAGGCUGGGGAGGCUCCGGUGGGGCUGGAGAAGGAGGGCUGCGGUUCCCGUGUCCGUCCUGUGACGGAGGGGGCCGGGCCCGUCCCGCCCGGUGGCCUCGCUGAGGGACGGGGUGCGAGGAGCCCCCCCCCGCUUCAGCGCCCUGCGAAGCAGUAGUGCUUGAGGGAGCGGGACACGAAGCAAAGGGCGCUGCGCUGAGCCGCCUGUUAACGCUUGAGCUGGCUUAUAGGACCACGAGUGGAGGAAAGGAACGGGGUAGCCUCGUCCCAGGGGGAGAAGAGAACGGGGUAACCUCGUCCCAGGGAGAGGAAAGGAACGGAGUAGCUUCCUCCCGGCUGGGCUCGGUGGAACUGGGUAACGUCACAAAAUGUCAACUCCCCCCCUGGCCGGGGCGGGCAUGCCGCCCGGUGCUUUCUCAGGGACACAGGCACAAGCAGCUAGGGAGGUAAACACGGCUUCUCUCUGUCGAAUUGGCCAAGAGACCGUGCAGGACAUCGUAUUCCGAACCAUGGAAAUCUUCCAAUUACUGAGGAACAUGCAGUUACCGAAUGGUGUCACUUAUCAUACUGGAACGUAUCAAGACAGACUGGGAAAGCUGCAGGAACAUCUCCGUCAGCUAUCGAUACUCUUCAGAAAACUGAGACUAGUCUAUGACAAAUGCAAUGAAAACUGUGCUGGGCUCGAUCCUAUUCCCAUAGAACAACUUAUUCCAUAUGUUGAAGAAGAUGGCUCUAAGCAUGAUGAUCGCGGUGCUGCAAGUCAGCUUCGUUUUGCUAGUGAAGAGAGAAGGGAAAUCAUGGAAGUAAAUAAGAAACUGAAACAGAAGAAUCAGCAGCUGAAGCAGAUUAUGGAUCAGUUACGGAAUCUCAUUUGGGACAUAAAUGCCAUGUUGGCAAUGCGGAACUGAACAAAGAAAAUCAAACUUCGUAAUUGCAAAAGAUACAAAUUUGUUUGAAUAUAUUUAAUUUCUUUCUAAGAAGUAAUGGGUUUGCCUACAACCAUAUUGAAGUAAUGUUUGAAAAGUCUUCAAGAUUAAAAUUUUUUUUUUAGUAA